CAACACACUCUACUUGCUGCAUUGCUGCCAUCAAAUUUCCAAAUAAUUUGCUUUCUCCUUCAAUUGUAUUCAAAAUUUACAGAAAGUAAGUAUGAUUUGUUCACAGUAGAGUUUACUGCAUUCUCUUUGCGGCCAUGAAAGUCACUUCAGUUAAACCACACUUUUUCAAACCCCUUCUCCCAGGUUUCAAGAAUAGUCUGAAAAUUCCAGAUGGUUUCUUGAAGUAUUUGGAAGGAUGUGAGGAAAAGGGACAUGCAAUACUGAAGAAGGGUGGUAAGAAGUGGGUGGUGAAGCUAAAUGGACAGAAACUGGACGAGGGUUGGGGACAAUUCGCGGAGGAGCAUGAUUUGAAGUUAGGAGAUAUGUUGAUUUUUAGACAUGAAGGAGACUUGGAAUUUGGUGUUUCCGUCUUUAAUUUAAGUCAUUGUGAUAGAGAAUAUGCAGAGUAUUUGCAAGAAGAAGAAGAAGAAGUCGUCCGUACUAUUGAAGAGACUUCCAAGAAUGUUGAAUUCAAAGAAGGCGCUACUCACACCCCUUUUGGUCAAUCUCAGUUUAUAUGCACUGUUAUGCCGUAUUGCCUUAGAAAUGGUUACUUGCGCGUUCCUUGUAAAUUUGCGAAGGCAAAUGGUCUCACCAACAAAGAAUGUGGUUUGAUUAUUAGAGAUGAAAGACAAAGGUCAUGGAAUUUAAGGAUAUAUACCUCUUGUUCUCAAGUCUAUAUUGGAGGAAGAUGGAGUGAAUUCCGUGCUGCGAAUGACAUAAAGAAGGGAGAUCAAAUAAUGUUUGACGUUGUUACUAAUGGAGAACAACCAAUCUGGAACUUUCAUGAAUAUGCAAAGAAUUUGCAACAAGAAGAAACCGAAGCCCAUACUUUUGAAGAGACUUGCAAGAAAUUUGAAUCGGAAGAGGCUGCUCCUCAUGACCCUUCUGGUCAAUCUCAGUUUGUAUGCACGGUGAAACAGUAUUUCCUUACAAAUGGUUACUUGCGCAUUCCUAGUAAAUUUGCGAAGGCAAAUGGUCUCACCAACAAGAAUUGUGGUUUAAUUAUUAGAGAUGAAAGACAAAGGUCAUGGAAUUUAAGGAUAUAUACCUCUUGUUCUCUUGUCUGUAUUGGAGGAAGAUGGGGCCAAUUCUGUGCAGCAAAUGACAUAAAGGCGGGAGAUCAAAUAAUGUUUGAGGUUGUUACUAAUGGAAAACAACCAAUCUGGAAAUUUCAUGACCUAACAAACCCCAGCACUGUUGAAGAGCCUUCCGAAAAUUCUGAAUUCAAAGAAGCUGCUCCUCACAACCCUAUUGGUCAAUCUCAUUUUGAAUGCUUUGUUAGACCAUAUUGCAUUUCAAAGGGUUACUUGCGCCUUCCUAAACAAUUUGCCAUAGCAAAUGGUCUCAUCAACAAGAAAUGUGAUCUGAUUAUCAGAGAUGAAAGAGAAAGAUCAUGGAAUUUAAGGCUAAAUACCCUCAAUUCUAUAGUCCAUAUAUUGGGUGGAUGGAGUGAAUUCUGCGUUGCGAAUGAAUUAAAGGAGGGAGAUUAUAUGAUGUUUGAGGUGGUUGUGAAUGGAGAAAAACCAAUAUGGAAAUUUCACGACAAACCAACUCCCAGCAUCAUGUCAUCAAGAAAGGCGUUUCCCCAUGUAGAAGCUGCAAAUCACAAGCCUUCUGACCAUUCUCGUUUUGUAUGCACUAUUAAACCAUAUUGCCUUACAUAUGGUUAUUUGUGCGUUCCAAAACAAUUUGCACUCAGAAAUGGUCUCAUCAGGAAGAAAUGCGAUGUGAUUAUUACAGAUGAACGGCAAAGGUCGUGGAAUUUAAUUUUACGUCCUUUUGGUACUAGUGUGUGUAUUAGAGGUGGAUGGGAUAAGUUCCGCGAGGCAUAUUGCUUAAAGGAGGGAGAUCGCAUAAUGUUUGAGGUGGUUACAGAUGGAGAGAAACUACUAUGGAAAUUUCAUGGCAAAAUUUCUUGGGAGAAUGUAAGCGUCAUUGAAGAAUGAAGCAGUUGGUGAUGGAAAAGAAAAAGCAACAGUGAAGCAAUUAAACAGAAUUUAUCUCUCUUUGGUUGAUUCAAUUAUAUGGUGUACAACCUCAACAAAGCAUGUUAUGUUUUCUCCGUAACUUCGUUGAAUUGCUAUACCCUUGCCUAGCGGUCAAUGAAGUGGGUGAAAUUUGGAGACUAAA